AAGAGCACCCAAACGUACCGUAGCCACACUUCGGCCCACGACCAAAAAACAAAACCACUAUACCAGUCAACAAGCCAUGGCCAUGAGUAUGGCAACGGGCGCCAUGGGCUCCCUGCUCCCCAAGCUUCUCGAGCUCCUCAAGGACGAGUACAAGCUGAAGAAGAAAGUCAGGGACGGCGUCGAGUCUCUGGAGAAAGAGAUGAGGAGCAUGGAGGCUGCCCUCCAAGUUCUGGGCGAGGUGCCGCGGGAGCAGCUCGAUGUCCAGGUCAAGCUCUGGGCAGGGGAGGUGAGGGAGCUUUCCUUCAAGAUGGAAGACGUCGUCGACAAGUUCCUGGUGCAUGUCGAUGACGGCUCCAAGCCUGCUGCCAAGUCAGAUAAGCUCAAACUGCUCACCAAGAAGAUGGCAGGCCUGUUCACCAGGGGGAAGGCUCGCCAUGAGAUCGCUGACGCGAUCAAGGACAUCAAUAAGCAAGUCCAAGAGGUUGCGGGCAGGCGCGCAAGGUACAAUAUCGACAAUGUCAUUGAUAGGCCUGCAGCUGUGACGCCCAUCGAUCCUCGCCUUGGCGCCCUGUACACGGAAGUGACAGAGCUUGUUGGCAUUGCUGGGAAAAGGGAUCAAGAGAUAAUGAAGUUGCUCUCGGAGGGGGGUGACAUGGCAAAGAAGAAUUUGAAGAUUAUCUCUGUUGUCGGAUUCGGAGGGAUGGGCAAGACCACUCUCGUCAAAACGGUCUAUGAGAAGAUCGAAGGCGAUUACGACUGCACGGCUUUCGUUCCCGUCGGUCGAAAGGCUGAGGCAAAGACGGUUUUCACAAAUAUCCUUCUUAAUCUUGGCAUGAAUGGAAGUGAGCUCAUCAUGUUGAAUGAGAAACUGCUCAUCGACAAACUCCGGGAAUUUCUCAAGAACAAGAGGUACCUUAUUGUAAUUGAUGAUAUAUGGGAUGAAGAACUAUGGAGAGUUAUCAAGUGUGCAUUCUCUAGUAGUAACAAUUUUGGCAGUCGGUUAAUCACGACAACUCGUAUAGUCAGUGUAUGUGAAUCAUGCUGCUCGUCUACUAAUGAUUCAAUUUACAUAAUGGAACCUCUUAGUGAUGAAGAUUCGGAAAGGUUGUUUUAUAAACGGAUAUUUUCUCUAGAGAGUGGCUGUCCUCCUGAAUUUGAAGAAGUAUCUAGAGAUGUAUUGAAGAAAUGUGGUGGUGUUCCAUUAGCGAUCAUCACCAUAGCUAGUCUUUUGGCUAGUGGUAAGCAGGUCAAACCAAAGAAUGAGUGGGAUGCUUUGUUGGAGUCUAUUGGUCGUGGACUUACCGAAAACCGUAGUGCCAAGGAGAUGAUAAGGAUACUAUCAUUUAGCUAUUAUGACCUGCCUUCCCAUCUGAAGACAUGCUUAUUAUAUCUAAGCAUGUUUCCGGAAGAUAGUGAGAUCAUGAAAGAUCAGUUGAUAUGGAUGUGGAUUGCUGAAAGCUUUGUCCAACGUGGAAAAGAAAAGACUAGUCUCUUUGAGGUUGGGGAAACUUACUUCAAUGAGCUUGUGAACAAAAGCUUGAUACAACCGGUAUAUGAUGAAUUUGGUUUUUUAUAUGCUUGUCGUGUCCAUGAUAGUGUACUUGAUCUAAUUUGUUCCUUGUCAAGUGAAGUGAACUUUGUAACUAUAGUAAGUGGUACUAGUGAUACCAUGUCUUCGGAGGGCAUUGUCCGCAGAUGGUCCCUCCAAAAUGCUAGAAAAGAAGAAGGUCAAACCAUGCCUCCCCGAUCUGAGAGUAUAGGGCAAGCAAGGUCUGUUGUUACAUUCGCACCUGCUUUUGAUCUAAUGCCACCAUUGUCGAGCUUUGUUGUUUUGCGUGUAUUAGAUUUGAAUUUGGAUGGAUAUGGUGGUACUAUGGAGGACCAUCUCAACCUUCAAGAGUUGGGGAGUUUACUUCACUUGAGGUACCUAAGGCUAUCCGGACGAGGAUUUGCUGAUUUGCCGGAAGAUAUUGGAAAGUUGAAGUUUUUGCAGGUGUUGGUUUUGCCUAGAGGUCCAAGGCUGCCGUCAACUGUUAUUAAGCUCACAAUGUUGAUGUGCCUGCGGAUUAAUAGUGGGAGGUUUCAGCUUCCAGAUGGUGUUGGAAACCUGAGAUCAAUGGAAGUGUUGAAUAAGAUCAAUGUUGGCUCCGUAAGCAUUGUACAAGAGUUGGGCAACAUGCACGUACUGAGGGAGCUCAAUAUUCAGUUUGAGAGACUGGAGCUGGUGCAAGCUUUUGUGGAGUCACUAGGAAACAUGCGAAAGAUCCAGCGUGUAGAAAUCAGUGCCAAGUGUGAGGGUGAAGUUCCAAUGGAUCUCUUGGGGGGGAAUUGGAUGCCCCCUCCAAGUCUCCGGGAGUUUGGCAUGCUCCAAGGAGUCAGCUUUUCUACUAUGCCAGCAUGGAAACCAUCAGACCUGUCACAACUCUCCCUUUUAGGAAUAUUACAUCUUAAGGAAUUGCAACAGGAGGAUCUGAGAUUCCUUGGAAGGUUACCGGCUCUUCGGAGGCUCGGGAUUAAGAGCGACAAGCAAAGGCCGCUACUCUUCGCUGCCGAGGGGUUCCGUUGUUUGGAAAGAGUCUCCUUGCUUUCCAAGUCGUCGAGCCAAAUAUUGUUCCAGCCAGGAGCUUUGCCCAAGGCAGAACUAGUUUGGCUCGAUAUCGGUUUGUGCGCCGCAAAGGAGGAUGCAGCUGGCAACAGUGGCGAUUGGUUUGACAUGGGCAUGGGGAACCUGCCGUUCCUUCGUGAUGUCAACGUUGAACUCUUCCGUUCGGGAGUGACGGUCAGGGAGGCCAAGCAAGCCCAGGCUUCGCUGGAGAACGCCCUCCGCGCCCAUCCAAAGCGUCCCGCCUUUUCCAUCUACUUCGACGAGGACAUACCAGAAGACGCUUGUGACGAGGACGUCUACAUGAAGGGCGUCGAAUGCAGCAAGGAUCAAGAAUCGAAGUGAAGAACCUGCCUGCAGGAUGCCAUCGUUUAUUGGAGACACACGCAUCUGUAAAACAUUUGCGUGAACGGCAACAACAUCGACCAACCACCGUCACUCAUUGAGCUUAUUUUUUGGCUCAAUGAGGAAAAAAACAAAAAAAAGAGAAAAAAGGAUAUCAAAAUAUUACAAAAAAAGUAUUCACUCGCUACUAGUUAAGUAUCUUUCUUGUCCUAGGGAAAAUAAAAUGGGGAGGGUAUAUGGAAAGAAAACAAAAAAAAUGUAUUUUGUAGUUUAAUGCGUGUGUUUUUUGUUUCAAUCUCAAGAUUGACUUACUUUCUCCAAGAAAA